AUGUCUAUUGGUAUUAUCGGUAAUGGCAGUGUUCUGAUUGCAUUUGUCAAAAAUCGUCGAUUACGUUCAGCUCGAAAUAUUUUUUUGCUCAAUUUAAUUAUUACCGAUUUAUUACUUUGUGUUACCGCUAUACCUGUAACACCGUGGUAUGCAUUAACAAAAAACUGGACAUUUGGUGCAUUAAUGUGCCAUUUAAUGCCACUCUCAAAUUCAUGCUCUGUUUUUGUUGCCAGCUGGAGUUUAACAGCUAUAGCAAUUGAUAAAUUUGUGCAUAUAAUGGGCCCAAUUCGGGCACCUGUAUCUAUCAGUCAAGCUGGCCUAGUUACUGCUUUUAUUUGGAUAGUUAGUGCAAUGAUUAAUAUACCAUAUCUUAUGAGCUAUGAACUUGUUGAUGGUGCAUAUUAUGUACCAAAUAAUACUACACCAUUUUGUGGCUUUUUUUGUGAUGAAAUUAAUUGGAAUGGUGAGACACCUCGACGUCUAUAUGGAUCAGCUGUUGUUCUAUUACAGUUUAUUAUUCCAUUAGCGAUCAUAACAUAUUGUUAUGCUCGAAUAUCAGCAAAAGUUGCUCGUGAUAUGAUUAUUCGAAAUGUGCAAUUUAGUAAAAGUUUAUCAAUUGCUCAACGUGAAGAAGCAACAAAUCGAAGGAAACGAGUUAAUUGUAUACUUAUUGGUAUGGUAAUUGCAUUCAUUGGUUGUUGGCUUCCUCUUACCGUCGUUAAUGUGCUGAAAGAUUUCAACUUGGAGCCACAAUUUCUCUUAGAUCAACCAUUCUUCUGGCCAUUAGUAGCUCAUGCGAUUGCAAUGUCAACGGUCAUUUGGAAUCCAUUGCUCUUCUUUUGGCUAACAAAAAGGAAGAAGCAAUCACAAAUGCCACGUUUCAGUGCUCCAUUUAGUAGUGCUUUUGGUUCAACAAUUUCGCGGAUUAGUUCGAUACAUCGAAAAUCCAGAUUAAAUAGUGAAUUAUCCAGCAAAAAUGAUACGCCAAAAUUACAUCUCAGGAAUGGAGUAGCAAAUACGAAGGAUUACCUGACUGUUGAAAUGGAACGACUGAUAUCAAACAAAAAAGGAUAA